AGUUCACCGGCUGGCAAUUAUGUUGUCCACAUUAGCAAACCAACAAUGCUAAAUCCCCCGGUGGACACAUAAAACCACCUUCCAGCCAUAAAAAAAACACACACAAUGGCAAUACACGGCUUUAGAACAAGAAAACAAAUGGGUUAAGAGGUGGAAUAGAAGAAGAAGGAACUAAAAGAACAAAUUUGUGUCGAUUUUCUAAUCAAAAUGAGCACAUAUAAACUACAAAAAUUGUUUGUAAAGAAUUAUGAGUAAGAAAUCGCUUAAGAGACAAGAUGAGCAUACAAAAGAUGCAGAUUCUGAGGAUGAGGAUGAGAAGGAUUUACAGGCAGCUAUUAAGGAAAUGGUCAAGACUCCUGAUAUUGAUAUAGAACCAAGUAUAAGUGGACGUCUUUCUCAGAGUGAAAACGCACCAGAGUCGACUCGAAAUCAAGCUGAAUGUGGAUCGCAAACGGGUGAUGAAAAAGGUACAACUUCAAGCACCAAGCUAAAAAAGCUAGAUAGCGAUGAUAGUUGGGAAGCACUUCUCAGAAAAAGAUUUGCUUGGACAAAAAACAGCAAAAGUGACACAGCUCCUGUAGAAGAUAAACAAAAUAAACCGAAUACAAAGGGAUCCUUAAAAGAUUUCACGGAGAAUAAAAGAAAUGAAAGCAAACCUACUGCAGGCACCUCUAAGGAAAGUCUAGUACGAGCGGAGUUCUAUGAGAAUUCUAAAGUAAAAGAUGAAGCAACCAUAAAAUCAUACAAAAAUACGUUGAGUGAUGAGGGAUCGGGCGAAGAAUCGCCGGAGUUACUGGACAAAUUGAGAAGAAUUGAGGAGGCCUCGAAGCCCAAAACUUGGAAGAGACCAACACCAAUAGUAAUAAAGCCAAGUCAGGAUAAUUCCAACAGCAAAAAGAGUGAAAAUGCAGUAGAGAAGAAGCCCCAAACAGAUACUGAGGCAGUGCAUGGAUAUAUAAAUAUCUUGAAGGCUCCAUUCGAUCGUAGUUUGUAUUAUGCUCCAGAAGAGCCAUCGCGUCAAGAUAAGGAUGCUGUACCCUCAGAUGUACAACCAGAAACUCCAGCAACUCAAAAUGCCGAUGAUGCCGCAGCAGAUACUGCGCAAAAAGCUGACAAAAAUACGCCAGAAAAUGUAGAAAAUUUGGAGGAAAAAAGAAGUAUCAAAUCGGAUUCGCAAAGGACAGUCACAAUCACAGGACGUUCGCAUAUAACCGCCAAAUGGGAUGACCACUGCCAUGUUAAGGAGCGGGAAACUGGAGUGGAUAAGGCCGCCAUGCGGGUGUUGAUAAUCGCCUGUUUUUUAUGCCUCUUCUUCCUGAUACUCGAAGUCAUUGGAGGCGUAUUAUCCAAUAGCCUGGCCAUUGCCACGGAUGCUGCCCAUUUGCUAACCGAUCUGGCCUCGUUUCUCAUUUCAAUUUCUGCACUUCACUUGGCUGGCAGACCCUCCUCGGAGCGCCUGAACUUCGGAUGGCAUCGUGCUGAAGUCAUCGGGGCCAUGGUAUCCGUGUUCUUCAUCUGGGUAGUCACAGGCAUCCUUGUGUACAUGGCAAUAAUGCGAUGGGUUAACGAGGACUUCGAACUGGAGGCCAAGAUAAUGCUGAUCACAUCGGCUCUGGCUAUAUUGUUCAAUGUGAUAAUGGCCGUUCAGCUGCAGCACGGCCACUCGCACUCUCUUCCAGGAAUGUUGAAAAGGUCAAAGGACACGGGAUCGCUGCCAGAUAACCAGAUGAUUGCUGGGUUCCAAAACACUCGGAUACUAUUGGGCAAGUCCGUUUCCACUCAGUAUGCAGCCAAAGGACAUGAGAACAUCAAUGUGCGAGCUGCCAUCAUUCACGUGGUUGGGGAUCUCAUCCAGAGUGUUGGCGUUUUCGUGGCCGCUCUGAUCAUAUACUUUAGGCCGGAUUGGGCCUUCAUGGAUUCGGUGUGCACAUUUCUCUUUUCGGUGCUGGUCCUUGUGGUUACGUUCAAAAUCUUAAGGGACGUCCUCAUGGUCCUGAUGGAGGCCACGCCGGAUUUCAUGGACUACGAGGAGGUGAGACGGACCUUUGUCUCGAUUUCGGGCGUGGAGCACGUGCAUAACCUGAGGAUAUGGGCCCUAUCCAUCAAUAAGGUGGCCCUAUCCGCUCACCUGGCCAUUUCCAAGGAUGCCGAUCCCCAACAGAUCCUCGAGGAAGCCACCACACUGAUUCACAAGCGGUUCAAGUUCUUCGAGACUACCAUUCAAAUCGAGGAGUAUUCGCCGGGUAUGGAGGACUGCGGGCAAUGCUUAGGUCCUUCGGAAAAAAAUGCAAAAAAGAAAGCUUUGGACCCGGAAAAGGGCGAAGGGAAUGGGCGCAGAAAAGGAUCCGAUGCGGAUGUGGAAAAAAAUAAGAAUAAAUCAGAUCCCGAGUAAUUUUACAACUGGUUCAUGUUACUUUAUGUCAGUGAACUCAAUAUAUUUAAAAUUAAACUUGUUUGCGCACACAA